AUGGCAACUUCAACCGCAGCACUCCCCAAGACGCACCGAGCACUUGUCCUUCAUUCCACUCGAGAUCCUUAUGACAUCUCAGUAGUCACCCAGGAUACUCCUCAGCCAUGUCCCGGAAGUGCUGUGAUCCGCGUUCUGUCAGCCGGCGUCUUGACCUACGCAGACCGAGUUUACAGUGGUCAUAAGCCUUAUCCUUACCCUGAGCCUUUCGUCAUAGGUUCUAGUGCCAUCGGCCGCGUCGCCGCUGUGGGGCUUGAUGCGACUUCUCUCAAGCUUGGACAGCUCGUCUUCUUCGACAGCUUUAUUCAGGCGCGAGAUAACCCCAAUUCCCUUAUCCUCCAUGGUCUCUCCGGAGGCUUUGGCACCGCGAGUAAUAAGCUCAUGGAGGGUGAGUGGCGAGACGGCACCUAUGCAGAGUACGCCAAAGUUCCGCUGGAGAAUUGCUUUCCGUUAGAUGAGCAUCGGCUCACAGGAAACCGAGCUGAAGGAUGUCUCGGAUACUCAAUGGCAGAUUUGGCCUAUCUUUGGACCAUCUCGGUUCCAUUCGGAGGGCUCCAAGAUAUAGGCAUCAGACCUGGCGAGAAGGUCAUCAUUAGCCCUGCUGUUGGAACUUUUGGAAGCGCUGCUGUUCUCGCUGCUCUGUCCAUGGGGGCUCAGGUUAUCGCAGUCGGUCGCAACAACGAAACUCUGAAUAAGGUAAAGGCUUUGGACCCUGAACGAGUCAAUACAGUUCUGAACACUGGAAACGUCGAGAAUGAUGUCAAAGAGCUGACCAAGGAUGGUCCGGUGGAUGCUUUCUUCGACGUCUCUCCGGGAAAGGCUAUCACUAGCACUCACUUCAAGAGUUGUAUCAUGUCCCUUCGUCGUGGUGGACGGGUGAGCUUGAUGGGCGCACAUGAAGAACUGAAACUGCCGACUCAGUUCAUCGUGCUCAAUGACAUCACUCUCAAAGGAAAGUGGAUGUACACCAAGGAUGACAUGCGCUACAUGAUCAUGCUGGUGGAAGCAGGGUAUCUGAGGCUUGAUGCGGUACAGACUGUUGGUAACUUUCCCAUGGAGGAGUUUGCGGGGGCAUUCGAGAGGGCAACCAAGAUAAGCGGUCCUUUCUCCCAGGUUCUCAUCUCACCUUGA